AUGGCGGUUAGAGCAAGCUUCGAAAACAGCAACGAAGUUGGCGUCUUCUCGACACUCACCAACUCGUAUGCGCUCGUUGCAAUUGGCGCGUCAGAGAACUUCUACAGCGUAUUCGAAGCCGAGUUACAAGACGUCAUCCCCAUAUGUCACUGCACAAUCGCAGGCACCCGCAUCAUCGGACGUCUUACCGCAGGCAAUCGGAAAGGUUUGUUGGUACCUACAACAACGACAGACCAGGAACUACAACACCUGCGCAAUUCCAUACCAGACGAAGUCAAGAUUCAGCGGAUUGAAGAGCGGCUGUCAGCACUGGGCAACGUGAUAUGCUCGAAUGACCACGUAGCACUUGUCCAUCCGGAUCUGGAGCGAGAGACCGAAGAGAUCAUCGCCGAUGUACUCGGCGUCGAAGUAUUCCGGCAGACGAUUGCGGACAACGUGUUGACUGGCAGCUACAUGUCGCUUUCCAAUCAGGGCGGCAUAGUGCACCCGAAGACGUCAAUACAAGACCAAGACGAGCUGUCGAGUCUGCUGCAAGUGCCUCUCGUCGCAGGCAGCGUCAACAGAGGCAGCCCGGUCGUGGGCGCUGGCAUGGUCGUGAAUGACUGGAUGGCGGUUACCGGGCUGGAUACCACCGCAACCGAGCUGAGCGUGAUCGAGUCAGUUUUCAAGCUCGGCGAGGGCAUGGCUUCAGGUGCGAUCAACACUACGAAUCGCGAGACGAUGGUCGAGUCGUUCUACUGA